UGACGUUGAGCGCGGAGGCAGGCGGGGUCCUCCCGUAGCCCUGGGGACGUUGUAUGUGUGGGCCUGCCGCUCGCGUCACCAGUCGGCGACUGAGCCUUGGCUGUGGUGGCUGAGGCGGCGAAGGCGGCAGCGGCGGCGACAGCUCUGGGGUUUGCGUCUCGGGGUGUGUCGGCCGCCGCUGCUGCUUCGGCUUGGUAUGUACAAAUGGCUGGUUAGGAUUCUCGGCACCAUUUUCCGCUUCUGCGACCGGUCGGUGCCCCCUGCCCGGGCCCUGCUGAAGCGACGGCGCUCGAACAGCACUCUGUUUUCUACAGUGGACACUGAUGAAAUACCAGCCAAAAGACCAAGAUUAGAUUGCUUUAUUCACCAAGUGAAAAACAGUCUCUACAAUGCUGCCAGCUUGUUUGGAUUCCCAUUCCAGCUGACCACAAAGCCCAUGGUAGCUUCUGUAGCUUCUGCUUGUAACGGAACACGGAAUGCGGCUCCUUCAGGAGAGGUAUUUUCGAACUCUUCAUCUUGUGAACUGACAGGUUCCGGAUCCUGGAACAACAUGCUGAAACUGGGUAAUAAAUCUCCUAAUGGAAUAAGUGAUUAUCCAAAGAUCAGAGUGACAGUAACUCGAGAUCAGCCUCGCAGAGUCCUGCCUUCCUUUGGGUUUACUUUGAACUCAGACGGCUAUAAUAGAAGACCAGGUGGCCGCCGCCAUAGCAAAGGCAAUCCAGAGAGUUCCUUAAUGUGGAAACCUCAGGAACAGGUUGUAACAGAGAUGAUUAUUGAAGAGGGUGGCAAGGGUCUGAGGCGUCCCCAUUGUACUGUGGAGGAGGGUGUUCAAAAAGAAGAAAGAGAGAAGUACCGAAGGUUAUUGGAGCGACUUAAAGAAGGUGUUCAUGGAAACUCUGUUCCUCCUGUAACUUCAACUCAUCAUAGUUCUCAAAGAUGUCACAUGGAUACAUUAAAGACCAAAGGCUGGGGGGAAGAGCAAAGUCAUGGAGUCAGAACAACUCAGUUUGUUCCAAAACAAUAUAGAGCUGCUGAAACAAGGGGACCUCUAUGUCCAAUGAGGAGUGAAAAGAGGUGUUCAAAGGGGAGAAUUUCAGAUAUAGAGAAGACAGUUGGAAUUAGACUUGAAAAUGAAGGUAGGAGGGGACACCAGCUGGAACCUGACCUGUCUGAAGAAGUGUCAGCCCGACUCCGCCUGGGCAGUGGGAGCAAUGGCUUAUUCAGGAGGAAAAUGUCAACACUUGAGACAAAAGAAAAAAAUUGCUCAGGCAAAGAGAGAGAUAAAAGAACAGAUGAUCUUCUUGAACUUACAGAGGUAUUGUUUCAUGUGUUGCUCAGAAUAAGAGACAUGGUUUUGAAUAACCCAAGUUAUUCAAGACUUGAUUUUGAUAAUGUACUUGCCGUGUUCCAAUGCUUACUCUUGGCAUUACAGGUCAUUAAUUUUUACAUGAAUCUUCUCGUGGAAAGAAAUAAAAAACAAGGCUAUCCAGUACUUCAUGCAUUCAGUACUUUCUUCUAUCCCAAAUUAAAGUCUGGGGGUUACCAAGCAGUGAAAAGAUGGACCAAAGGGGUCAAUCUCUUUGAACAGGAACUAAUUCUGGUGCCUAUUCAUCGGAAGGUACAUUGGAGCCUGGUGGUGAUAGACCUAAGAAAAAGGUGUCUUAAAUAUCUGGAUUCUAUGGGACAGAAGGGCAACAGGAUCUGUGAAAUUCUCCUUCAGUAUUUGCAGGAUGAAAGUAAGACCAAAAGAAAUGUUGAUCUGAAUCUUUUAGAGUGGACGCACUACAGCAUGAAGCCACAUGAGAUUCCUCAACAGUUGAAUGGGAGUGAUUGUGGAAUGUUUACUUGUAAAUAUGCAGAUUAUAUGUCUAGGGACAAACCUAUCACAUUUACUCAGCACCAGAUGCCUCUCUUCCGGAAGAAGAUGGUGUGGGAAAUCCUUCAUCAGCAGUUGCUGUGAGAAUGCCUGGCCCAGUCCCUUAGCUGCUGGUGGUUCUUUCAUGGACAAACGUUUUCAUAUACCUCAUGCAUUGUGGGUUUAAAAGUCCCUGCAUCGCCUGUUCUCUCACAGGUACUGAGCUGUCAGACAUGCAUGAAGGCCCUGCACCCUAGUGUCCUGACUUGGUAUGCGGAGGGCUGCUUGCAACCUGUUUGUAAGACUGUGCCUGCUCAGAGCCUGGACUAUUCAACCCACAUAGGAACAAACGCUAAUUAAUACUUUUUUUAAAAAGAUUUUUCCCCGCCCUGUGAAUGUGGAAAAUGCAGGAUUUAUUCUAUGAGCUGUUGUUUUCUGUGUGUGUUCACAUGUAUUCAUUCGCUCACUCAUUUGCAUACAUAAUGGGCAGUGGCUGUUUUCUGCUGCUCUUUUACAGUUAACUUUGAAUUGUUUGAACUAUUUAUUUCUGAAAAGACUGUUAAUCAAGCUGCCAUUCCCUGCUGAAGAUGUAGCGGGAAAGCAGUGGGGGUGGGAGGAAGGAAGUGUUAGUUGACUUCUCUGACGUUGGAGCAGUAACUGCCAACUUGAAUUGAAGGGGGGGGUUUUUUUUUUUUUUUUUUUUUUUUUGAGGUUUGAAAAUGCCAGGAGAAGCGCUGGGGUGUAGGGCUCUGAUUGCCUUUCAGGGAAGGCAGAGACUCCGGCACCAGCAUGGUGUUGGGAAAGUGGGAC